ACUGGUCUUCUUGAUUGUACAGACGUCUACGUGUCCCAGCAAAUCAGGGCAGCCAACUCUUCGGGAGUUCGCCUCAGGAGAGUAAUUCUUCCUAGCACAACGCCUAUUGAAGAGCUAGCUCACCAGAUUAGUGAACUAAAUGAGGACCCUAGCGUACAUGGCAUAACCGUUCAACUACCGAUUGGUUUAGAGGGUAUGAACAGAGACCUGGUUUUAAGCAAAAUCAACCCCAUUAAGGACGUCGAUGGCUACCUGCUUUGGGAGCAGUGCCCUCUUCUUGUUCACAUCCCUUGUGCGGCUGCUGCUUGUCUACUCCUUUUGCAAGAGACUGGACCCGUGCCGUCAGGCCUGCGCUGUGUAGUGAUUGGACGCGGUCGACUCAUCGGAACACCUGUAGCUAGCCUGAUGGUGCGAUCAGCUAAUGCUACUACUACCAUUUGUCAUACCGGUACCCGAUGCCUCGAAGAAGAGGUGAAUCGUGCUGAAAUCAUCAUCUCAGGCGUUGGCAAAGCUCAUCUAAUAAAAGGACACUGGAUUCGAACAGGCGCAAUCGUAAUCGAUUGUGGAAUAGACGCAUCAUCAGGGAAGGUCCUUGGAGAUGUUGACUUUGGGGAGGCUGUGAACCGCGCUGGAUGGAUAACACCCGUACCAGGAGGUGUUGGACCACUCACAGUCGCCCUUCUCAUGAGGAACACUUUGAAUGCGGCAAAGCGGUAUCAUAGUAUACCAGUUCACCCACCUUUGAUGAAACCAACAGGUAUCCUUUCACAAUAG